AUGGGUAAGGGAAAGCCCCGUGGUUUGAAUGCCGCGCGCAAGCUCUCCAACCACCGCCGUGAGCAGCGCUGGGCCGACUUGCACUACAAGAAGCGCCUUCUCGGUACUGCUUUCAAGUCCUCUCCCUUCGGUGGUGCCUCCCACGCCAAGGGCAUCGUCCUCGAAAAGGUCGGAGUUGAGGCCAAGCAGCCCAACUCUGCCAUUCGGAAGUGUGUCAAGGUCCAGCUGAUUAAGAACGGCAAGAAGGUCACCGCUUUCGUCCCCAACGACGGUUGCUUGAACUUCAUCGACGAGAACGACGAGGUUCUCCUUGCUGGUUUCGGUCGUAAGGGCAAGGCCAAGGGUGAUAUUCCCGGUGUUCGUUUCAAGGUCGUCAAGGUCUCUGGUGUCGGUCUGCUUGCUUUGUGGAAGGAGAAGAAGGAGAAGCCCCGUUCGUAA